GUAAAUUUUAUCUCUAUCCCUUUAAUCGACUUUAAUGAUAUAAGGACCCCUAUCACAAAAUACUGCUUUCUCGCUGCGCUUAGAGUAGAGUUACGGGAGAGACUUAUAAAGGCAACGGGUGUAUUCUUCGAUCUCCUAAUAGCAAAGAAGCUAGAGGUAGACGUGGCUAAUAGUAAGCACUUCCGUGGAUACGCUCGUUCGGGGACCGAGAAAACGGCGACAAAAGCGAUUAGCGAGAAAUAUUUACUGUGUCUUCCUAAAGUAACUAUACCGGGCCUACGGCUAGCGAUCGAAGCGUACCUUAAGGAGACACAGGCCUUAGUAAACGAAUUUAUCCUAUUAAUUACCGAAAUCCUAGCUCCUCCUAUCCCGAAUACACUUGUGGUGAAUAUUAGCCAGUUACUAGAAACCCUUAUACAAGCUCUUGAAGUGACUCGGGAGAAUAUAUUGCUAGAAUUACCGUCUCGCCUUAUGGGUUUACGUAAGAAGGAUAUCAAGUCCGAAGCAGAGAUAUUCUUUGUUGAGGUUUUUAAAGGCUCCGCUAGCUAG